UAAAAUAAUAAUUAAUUAAUUAAAAAUAAAAUAAAAUUCCAAGCAAUAAAACCAACAAUAACGAUGCUAUUGUUUUUUUCCUCUGUUUCAGACUUUAUAUAUACCUCUCUACCAUUCCUUUACUCAGAACCUCAGACUCAGAAACACACUCACUUUUCUCUCUCCUCCAUUUUUUUUUUCAGAGAAUCCAAUUCAAAUCCUGUGCUAUAAUUUUCACAAAGACUUCAAUCUCCAUUAUAAUUAAUACCCAUCAAAAAGCUUUUACUUUACUUAGCUUCCAUGGCAGCUUUUCAGCAAUACCCUGCUUCGUUUUUAGUUGACUCUGUUUUCAUGCCCGCCAUUAAAACUCCUGAAAUUGGAGCUUUCGAUGAAUUUAUUGCUAAAUCCAAUCAAUUUUACGCAUCAUCUGAAAAAUCCCAGGACCCUUUUACCAUUUAUAGUCAAGAGGGUUCUUCCAUUGAUAAUGAACCUUCUUCUGUGAGUGAAAAACAGAGGACUGAGAGUUUAUCAAUGGCGGAUAAAGGUGAUAGUAGUGAUCAAAUGACUCAAAGUUCGGUUCCUGUUGAUAAAAAGAGGAAGUCUCGAAAAGGGUCUUCCUCAAAUUCUGCUAAUUCUAAGGAUGUUAAACAAGCAAAGUGUAAGAAACAGAAGGAAGAUAAAGAAGCAAUGAAAGAUAAAAGUGAUGAACCACCAAAGGGUUACAUUCAUGUUAGAGCAAGGAGGGGUCAAGCCACUGAUAGCCACAGCCUUGCUGAAAGGGUGAGGAGAGAAAAAAUCAGUGAGAGAAUGAAGAUGUUGCAAGCAAUUGUUCCAGGUUGUGACAAGGUCACCGGAAAGGCCCUCAUGUUGGAUGAGAUUAUCAAUUAUGUCCAAUCCUUACAAAGUCAAGUCGAGUUUUUGUCAAUGAAGCUUGCUUCUUUGGACCCCAUGGUAUAUAAUUUUGGAUUAAUGGAUCAUGAUCCUAUGAUGUUUGGAACACAGGCCAUGACCAAUGGCAUGACAUUGCCAAUGCAACCACUAAUGCAACCCACCAGCAACGGUGGUAGUAGCAUCGAUCAACCACAAGCUUUCGCCACCACCAACGCCGUGAGCUGCUCCACCACGAGCUCGGCCUCAACUCCCACCUUUACUAGCCCUGUUGUUGAUAGCUCAACCAGUUUAAUACAACAACAGGAGCAGAAGCCAACUUUGCUUCCUUUACAGGAUGCCGGGAGUUUAUACUGGGGAUUAAAUGAGCAGCAACGACAAAGCAUCAUUAAUCAACUUGGAUUCACCAACAACUUGUAUUCAUUUCAGUAGAAUAUCAUCAUUUUUACUAGAAAUCUCUUUUAUUAGAAAACUAAUGCAAAGAUUAUAUGAAGAAAGAGGUGCCAACAAAGCAAGGGAAUUGAAGAGACAUUAUGUUCAAA